UUAUCCUAGCUGCGUCCUGGAGCACUUCCCCUCUGUCCCGACACGGCCCUGUUGCUCCAAAUUUGGAUUUGGGGCAAGAGGGGCGAGCCGGAGCGCUGUGGUCCUCGGAGUCUCCGGCAGGGGCAGCAAGCCCCAUGGCCACGACUGUGAGAGCUGGUCGCUGGGCAGACUCCAGGAGAGCAUGACUGAUGAUGCGACCAGGACCUUGGGGAAAGGGAGCCCCGCCCCAGGGCCGGUCUCCGAGGGCCUGAUCCGCCUCUACAGCAUGAGGUUCUGCCCCUACGCGCACAGGACGCGCCUGGUCCUCCGGGCCAAAGGCAUCAGCCAUGAAGUUAUCAACAUUAACCUGAGAAAUAAGCCUGAAUGGUAUUUUACAAAGCACCCUUUUGGCCAAAUUCCUGUCCUGGAGAACAGCAAAUGUCAACUGAUCUACGAAUCUGUCAUCGCUUGUGAGUACCUGGAUGACGCUUAUCCUGGAAGGAAGCUGUAUCCAUAUGACCCUUAUGAGCGAGCUCGCCAAAAGAUGUUAUUGGAGCUAUUCUAUAAGGUCCCACAUUUGACCAAGGAGUGUCUGGUAGCAUUGAGAUGCGGGAGAGAAUGCGCUGAUCUGAAGCUAGCCCUGCGUCAGGAGUUCUGCAACCUGGAAGAGAUUCUUGGCUAUCAGAACACCAUCUUCUUUGGUGGAGACUGUAUAUCCAUGAUUGAUUACCUCUUUUGGCCCUGGUUUGAGCGGCUGGAUGUAUAUGGAAUAGCCGACUGUGUGAACCACACCCCCGCGCUCCGGCUCUGGAUCGCAGCCAUGAAGCAGGACCCCACAGUAUGUGCUCUUCUCAUAGAUAAGAACAUCUUCCUGGGCUUCCUGAAUCUCUAUUUUCAGAACAACCCUGAUGCCUUUGACUACGGGCUAAGUUGCUGAGCCUUGCAGUUCACACCUUCACCACCCGGAAUUCCCAAGCACGUCGUGAUUCUGCAUCAGCACUGGUUUGGUGGGGCAGUCAAUUUCUGUUUGUUUCCUUUGAGGUUCCCAAUAAACAUGGAGAGAGAAUCAUUUCUGAUAAUCAUUUGUACGACUCCUCUAGCCCACAGCAUGUAAUGAUUCUCUAGAAAUCUCAGUGCUGAUGUCCAGGGACAUUUUGGGGGCCUGUGUGCCUCCUGGCUCCAUGGUUUUCAACCCGGUUUGACCUCCAGGUUGUUGGUGCUGAUGCUGAUGUUGAGGUUC